AUGCCAUGGUUGACAAAUAGCCUGCUCAAGGAUUUAAAUGACAUCCUCCUUCAAUAUGAAAAAUAUAUUGCACAAUACGAUUUACCAGCUCUAACUUCAGACAAUAACGAUAACAACUUGAUGCCUAGAAUUAUUGAAAAAGAGUUAUCCAUCAAAGUACCUCAAGAAGACCUGUGUUCUAUAGAAAGAUUGAAUCAUGACCAGUCUGUAGAUUUCAAGUUCAUUAUGAAUACAUUUGAUAGGAGAGAAAGUGGAGUGUUCUUCGUUGAUGGGCCACGGGGAACAAGAAAAAUAUUUUUUUACAGAGCUAUAAUUGCAGACUUAAGAAGUAAAGAAGGACAUAUUGUCUUGGUAACUACAUCAUCAGGAAUAGCUGCAACUUUACUACCUGGGGGUCGAACAGCUCAUUCUAGAUUUAAGAUCCUAAUUAAUGCAGAGUUAUUCUCCAUAUGCAACAUAAGUAAACAAUGUGAUCUCGCAAAAUUGAUUAGGCAAACAGCAGCGAUAAUUUGGGAUGAAUCACCAAUGGCUAAUAAAGAGACAAUGGAAUCAUUAGACCAUACAUUGCGAGACAUAUUAGAAAAUAAUAAUCUAUCUGGAGGAAAAGUGAUGGUAAUGGGAGGGGAUUUUCGCCAAGUACUACCUGUUGUGCUGAAAGGAAAUAAGUCGCAAUUGAUUUCAGCUUCUAUUGUUAAAUCACAUUUGUGGGCAUUCACAAAAAUUCUCCACUUACGACAAAAUAUGCGAUCUCUUAAUGAUCAUGAUUUUGUAGAGUAUCUUAUGUGCACAAGGGAUGUGAUUGAGCUUACCAUAUGUGAGGACUUGGUACAAAUAGAAGCACACAUGGCAAUACUAUGCUAA